GAGGCAGCGGGAUCCGCUCCCCGGCUCCGGGCGCUCCCCCUGCCAGCGCCGGCCCCUCGGUCCCGCAGCCCCGCCGGUACCCGCAGCAUGGACUCGGACUCCGGGGAGCUCAGCGAAGGCGAGCCGGUCUCGCCCGCAGGUCCUGAUUAUUUCAGUUCCAAGAAUCUUGCAUUGCAAGCCCAGAAAAAGAUCCUGAGUAAAAUGGCAACCAAAACCAUGGCUAACAUGCUGAUCGAUGACACAAGCAGUGAAAUCUUCGAUGAGCUGUACAAAGUAACGAAGGAACACACAAGAAACAAAAAGGAAGCCCAUAAAAUUAUGAAAGACCUGAUUAAAGUGGCAAUAAAAAUCGGGAUCCUCUAUCGAAACAAUCAGUUCAACCAAGAAGAGCUGGAGAUCGUAGACAAGUUCAGGAAGAAGCUGAACCAAACUGCCAUGACAAUCGUCAGCUUCUACGAGGUAGAGUACACUUUUGACAGGAAUGUGCUUGCAGAACUUCUCAAUGAGUGUAAAGAUCUUGUGCAUGAACUCGUAGGUCGACACCUGACCCCGCGGUCCCACGGGCGCAUCAACCACGUCUUCAACCACUUCGCGGAUGUGGAAUUUCUAACUGCCCUGUACAGCCUGGAUGGGGAUUGUCGGCCGUACCUCAAAAAGAUCUGCAAUGGCAUCAACAAACUACUCGAUGAGAAGGUUCUUUGAAACUACGCUCAGAAGCAAGAAACCAAACAAAAACUCCUCUCUAGGACUGGCCACCCUUCAUGAGCCGUGGUAGGCAAGCGAGCUUCCUUCCCCUCAGUCUUACUACAGCCCCACAGGGUCCAGAAAGUGCUCACCAGGCUCAUGAUGAAGUGGAAAACUUAAAUCAGAAAGCUAUCAAUUUAAUGUUUUGUUCAGAUAAUUUAGUCUUUCUCAAGGAGCAGAGUGAACAAGGCUGCUGAUAUGUGUUGUUCAGAAAGAGAUUGCUAUACCCCAGGAUCUUGCUAGCUUUGUGUUCAAGGCUGAACACAAGAAAAGACAGGAAACUCACAUGCAUGGCUAUGUAAAAAUAGACAGGUGAAGGCAAGAACAAUGCAUGGAAUUUAUUCCCAGGCCCUUGGUGCAUAUAUUUUUAUUAUUUCCACAAUCCCUGAAAAAGCUUUGACAGAAAGUAAGGCUGUAGUGGAUUGAGUUCACUCCUUUCAAAGGGAUCAGGAAUUAAUACGAGAAGACCUCUCUUAAUUUAAAUGGUAUGUAAAUCUAAUAGGGGAAUAACAAAUCAUACAAACUGAGUAGAAGUGGGAGACAAUUUAAAGAACUGCUCUAGGAAGCAAUAUUUUCAUCAGAGUUUUGUUUUAUACCUGCUAAUAGAGGGUUUCAUUUUAAUCUUGAAAAUUAGCUCAGUGGUUGAAGCUCAAAGGUAACCAGAAAACUGAAGCAGUCCAGCAGUUCCCCCAUGCUCAGGGUUUGUGUACUGGGUACCAUCAGGCAAGUUUAGGCUGAAGGUUGUGCUGCUCUUUGUGCUCUUACUGUUCUGCCUGACAGAAUAAAAUACUCUUUGUGAAGAUUUUGACAUUCCCUUGUGAGAAGCACAACGGACACCAUUUCCAUCCCGUCCUCAAUGUAUUCAGCCUCAAUACCACUUGUGGUUUAAUGUGCCCAUGACAUUUGUGCCUACAGUAAUCAGAGGUGGGAUACAACAGGAUGCCCAUCCACCCUUCUUGCAGUGCCUCUGAGUGUAGCAUAUCCACAGUAGCUAAACAAGAGCAGCCUUAGUGACUCUGGUGAGCUUCUGGAAUGAGUUUUGUUCUGAAUGUUUUCAGUGGCUUUUUUUUUUUUUUUAAUGUUUUCAAGCUGAAAACAUUUUGCCAAGAAAGAGUAGGGUUUGUACAGUCCCUUUAGGAUGAAGGGAGGAUGGGAGCAGAGCAGAUACACCAGCUU